GACGAUGGCUGGGAGUCCCAGGAGCCUGGAGGGAGUGUGCUGCGCACCCCGGAAUCCAGAGCCGUGCCAGCAAACCUGUCACUUGUGUCGUCCGACGCCGGGGAGGCCUCGACAUCCGCAAGUGCAGUGCUCACCACCCCGCCCAGGACAGCCUCCUGCACUUGGGCCAGCAGGAUGACCCGCCCCCUGGAGGAGUACUACCAGCAGCACCAGGAGAAUCUUGGCUCUCUCAGAUUGAGCUGCAGGUUUCUAUGGAGACAGCGUCCUGGCAACAACUCUCAGCAGCCGUUUUCUUCCCAUCUACCAGGCCUAGUGGCAGCAGGCCCAACGGAAAGGGAGAGGACCUGGCUUCUACUAGCAGCAGGAAGCGACGGAUGGACAUCCAGGCUGUCUAGCUGCACUCUAUGAAUCUUUUGCAUACAGCUAUCCCAGCAGUAAAAUCAUAUUAAAAAGCCGAGCAGAGACAGCCAGCAGAGAGGUUGCUAGGAUGCAAGGGAAGGAUGGGCAGCCAUGUCCUGCCCUAAUCCAACAUUGACAUUGUCUCCAGUGGGAGUUUCAGCUGCACAAAUGUGGCAGGAUGAAGCCAUUGCAAGAUGAGACAUAAAUUAUUGAAAAGAAAAUGGCACAGCGAAGCCCAAUCUUUCCGACACUUGCCCCUACUGAAAGACGGAUUCGAAAUAUACCACUACACAGCCAAGCUUUGACCGCAGUCCCAUUAGCAUCUGCAAGUCUAGUGGAUCAGCUAGAAGACAGAAUUCUAAGCCAUGAAAAAACAACUGCUGCUCUUGUGGAACACGCUUUUCGCAUUAAGGAGGACAUUGUUUCUACUUUGCAUAGAAUGCAGAACAAAGGAGGAGGAGAUCGGUUGGCUAGGCAACUCUUAGAAGAACAUAUCCGAAACAUAACAGCAAUAGUGAGGCAGCUUAACCGGGACAUUGAGACACUACAGGAACAGAUACGUGUCAGGGAUAACCUCAGUUAUGGAACUAAUUCUACCUUAAAGAGUCUGGAACUGCGGCAGCUAUCUGGUUUGGGAGAUCUUCGGGGGAGAGUUGCAAGGUGCGAUGCUGGAUUAGCCAGAUUGUCUGCAGAACACAAAAUAACGUAUGAAAGACUUCAAAGUUUAAGCAAAGACCAACAAGCUUCUAAAAUGAUCUUGGAAUCUAAAGUCAAAGAGGCAGAAAUACAGAUUUCAUACCUUUUGAGCAGAGUAGAGCAGUCAAUAAUGCAACAAGAAGCAAAACUGAAGAUUGCCUACAAAGAGAGCAACCAACAGCUCCACCUUCUGGAUGUUAAAUUAAAAGGUGCAGUAGAGGAACUCAGCAGCCAGAUAUUGUCUGCGCGCAGCUGGUUGGAACAGGAACAGGAACGAAUUGAAAAAGAGCUUCUACAGAAAAUUGAUCAGAUGUCUUUGGCUCUUAAGGAAAACACUGAAAUGAGUGAAAGGGCCAUAGAGAUAAGAUUCAGCCAGAUGUCAGAGAAACUUGAUAAAAUAGAAGAAAUACAGAAAAUAACAAUGGAAGAACAUGGAACAAAACAGGCUGAAGAGAAGAUAAAUGUUCGAAUCAGCAAGCUUCAUAUGGAAAUUAAUGAAGAUAUAAAAGAAAUGAAAGCAGAAGUUAAUGCUGGGUUCGCGGCUAUCUACGAGAGCAUUGGGUCUCUACGGGAAGUUCUAGAAGCUAAAAUGAAACUUGACAAGGAUGAGCUACAGAAGCAGAUUCAGCAAAUGAAGCAGGAAGUUUCAACAUAGGGAGAGUCAAGACCAUGACUGAUCACAAGAUUUAUUCAGAGAGAAGAGUGUUUGUGUCUAAGUAGGCUAUAAAUUCAGCCCAAUUUGUAAUAAGUGCAUGUACCAAAUAACAUGCUUCUGUUUUUCAGGUGUGUAUGUUUACUGUAAGUGGUAAAUGCAAGUUUUAAAAGCUAAGUUGAUACAUAGUUUUUAUGGGGGCAAAGCCCUAGUUCACUAUUCUUUUACUCCAGUUUAUUUCAGUGGAGUUACAGCUGUUUAAAAGCGGAGUAACACUUCAGUGAAUGUGAUGUCAAAUUAUGUUAAAGGAGCCUCAGAGUGCUACCUCCACUCUUGUUGGCUUUGAAAUAUUAGUACUUGUACCCAUAGAUAAAAUUCUGUUUUUGUUACAGAAGUCAUGGAAGUCGCAUAUUCUGUGACUUUUUUUUGACGUCCAUAACUUUUAAGGUGGCUGGUGUGCUCAGGCAAUCCCCAGGUCAGGUGCAUUGGUUGUUGCUGGAGUGGCCUCGGGCAGCAGUAAGAAUUUGGCUGGCGGGUGAGUGAGAAUCAGGGUUGCAGUGCAGGACAGUGCUUACCCAGGGAACUCAGCUCCUACCUCUAUGGGUUCUGCCUGCAGGCACCUUCUCCACAGCUCCCAUUGGCUGCAUUUCCUAGCCAAUGGGGGCUGUGGGAUGCCUUAGGGUCACUUCCAAGUUUUAGUCAGGGGUGCAUAGUAGAAGUCACAGACAAUCAUGGACUACAAAUUUUGUUUACUGCCUGUGACCUGUCCAUAACUUUUACUAAAAAUACCCAUGACUAAAGCUUAAUGUUACCCAUAGUUAAUUGCUUUGUUUAAAAGUCAAGCCUUAACAGGUUAAUAUCAGUUGGCAAUUCACCACCUUGUAAGAUCUUGUUCCCAUUGAAGUCACUGGAAAUGUUCCCAUUGAUUUCAGUUAGUGCAGAACUGGCAUCUGAGGGUAUGUCUACCCAGCAGCGCUAUUUUGGGUUAAUGUCCAUUAUCCCAAAAUAGCAUUCUUUGUGUCUUACAGCAUUCCUGUUAUUAAAAAAUAACGGGCAUCUUAUUCUGGCUUCCUAUAAACCUCAUUGCAUGAGGAAUAAGGAAAAUGCCAGGAUAGUGCUCUAUUUUGAA